UCGAAAUAUUUUUUGUUUGUAUUUUUUUAGCAUACAUAAUGAUGAAAUCGAUUCAAUUCUGUUUGAUUAUUUUAUUAUUGACUAUCGUUGGUCAUCAUCAAGGUCAACGAAUAGCAACAAAUUCAUCGGCCAUAUUGGAUUCGAUUAAUCGUGAUCUUGAUGAAUUGAAAUCAUCCAUUUCAAAAACAUUAAAUUCACCAAGAUUUAAUUCAUCAUCAUACAUAUUCCGUACAAAUGUCAACAGUAACAGUUCAUUCGAUACGGACCUUGAAGAUUCACAUACACAUUUUCUUGUUGAUCUAAAUCAGGAUCGACCAUUUGUUCAAUGUUCAACACCAAAUGAUGGUGAUUCAUUAUGGAAAUUUUCCAUUCCAUUUCUUAAUGAAUCCGAUGGUCUUUUACGAUUCCGUGAAUUUCGUGGUAAACCAUUAUUGUUAGUAAAUGUGGCCACAUUUUGUGAAUCAACUAUUGAAUAUCCAAUCUAUAAUCAAUUAAAAGAUAAAUAUGGUGAUCAAUUGAUUAUUAUUGGUUUUCCAUCCAAUAAUUUUUUGAACCAAGAACCAACUGGUGAUGCAACCGAAAUCUAUAAUGCAAUAAAAUAUGUCCGACCUGGUAAUGGUUUUGUACCGAAAUUUCCAUUGACCGAACGUAUCGAUGUAAAUGGUUUGAAUCAACACAAGAUUUAUAAAUUUCUUAAACGUUGCUGUCCAUCCACCCGAACACGUUUCAAUGCCAAUGAAGAAAAAUUAUUAUAUAAACCGAAAAAUGCACGCGAUAUACGUUGGAAUUUUGAAAAAUUUCUCAUCCAUCCAAUCACUGGUUAUCCAGUUAAACGUUAUGAUCAAAAAUAUUUACCCGAUCGUAUUAUUCCGGAUAUUGAUCGAUUAUUGGAAGAAACAAGACAAAAUUCAGCAACCGAUCGAUUCGAUGCACCUGGAUCAGCAUAAAUGUCAUUCGAAAUUAUUGUCCUGAUGAUGAUUUUUCAUUGAUAAAUUGCUUUUUCAUUCAUCCAUUGUUCACUAUUGGUUAUUACAACGAGAAACGAACAUUACAACCAAACAUUACUAAACACGGGGACCGGACCAAUUAUUGAAAACAAA